AUGGCUGAAAAUUCAAGUGCUUCCAUCUGUACCGAUGAAUGGGGUAGCGAUAGCGAUGAUGGCGACAAGUUUGAGUGGGAAAGCGAUGGUGAGGCUGAGCCCUUGUCAGCUUCAGUGUUGAGUAACCUCGGUGCUUCUGGCCCAUCCACACUGGGUGCUACUGGGUGGGUCCACGGGGAGGCGCCAUCUUCUACUUUAGUCGAGGAUUAUGUGGGAAAGGGUUUCCCAAAGGAGAUGGUCUUGAAGGGCAUCAAGGCAAUUGGAAACAAUGAUGUGAAUGCGUUGCAUGAGCUACUUCUCACAUACAAGGCACUAUAUGAUUCUCCUUUGGUGAGGAAUUGCUCGACUUCUGGCUGCACCCCCUACAACGUUGAAGAUGACGAUGAUCUUUGUUUUGGAAAUUGGGAUGACGACGAUGAUGACCCUGAUGGUUCUAUUGCUUUGGAUUUCCAACGUGAGAUGUUAGAGAAGGACAAGAAGAUUAAGUCCUUAGUGGACGUGGGCAUUCCUGAAGAUGAAGCCAAUAUGAUUAUUACCAAAUGUGGUGUGGGUGCCUCCUUUUUUGUAUUAGUUGAUUCCAAGAACUUCCCUAACCAUGAGGUUACAAAUAUGUCUUUCAAGUCCUUAGGAGGGAGAAAGAAAGCAAGAUUGAGAGAGGAGAGCAAGAAAAAAAGGAAGCGUUAUGGAGGUGGAGAACAAGGAAAUCAACGCCCGGUGCAUGUUAGCCAUGAUGAGAGAAUGGUUUUUCCAAAUCCAAUGGUUGGCUUUAACUUGCCUAAUGACAUGGUACGGUCAUUUAAUAGGAGACUCCCUGAACAAGCUAUUGGACCACCUUUCUUCUACUAUGAGAAUGUGGCCCUAGCCCCUAAAGGCGCUUGGGAAAAAAUUUCGAAAACCUUAUAUGGUCUUGAGCCAGAGUUUGUGGAUUCCAAGUACUUUUGUGCUGCUGCGAGGAAAAGAGGUUACAUCCAUAAUCUCCCUAUUGAGAAUAGGGCGCCUCUCCUUAUGGAACCUCCAAUGACUAUAUUUGAGGCCUUCUCUCAUUUUAAUGAGUGGUGGCCUUCGUGGGACUCGAGAAGGAAACUCAACUGCUUGACAACAUGUGUUCCAAGCGCUAAGCUAACCGAACGGAUUGAAUAUGCUCUUGCACGUGCAGACAAACCACCAUCUUUAAAGGUCCAGAAGUACGUUAUGGAUGAGUGCAAGAGGUUCAAUCUUGUGUGGGUUGGCAAAAACAAGGUUGCUCCUUUGGAGGCUAAUGAGAUGGAAAAACUACUUGGUUUCCCAAAGGACCACACGAGGGGAGUCGGCAUAACGGAGAGGUACAAAUCUCUCGGCAACUCAUUCCAAGUUGAUACAGUUGCUUACCACUUGUCAGUGUUGAGGGACAUGUUUCCUAACGGUAUGAGCGUACUAUCCUUAUUCACCGGUAUUGGAGGAGCAGAGGUAGCUCUACAUAGGCUUGGAAUUCACAUGAGGACCGUGGUUUCUGUAGAGAUAUCCGAGGUGAACAGGAUGAUCUUUAGAAGUUGGUGGAAUCAGACUCAGACAGGCAGGCUGAUUGAGAUUCUAGACGUGGAGACUCUCACCAAUGAUAUAGUCGAGUCACUGACUAGAAAAAUUGGCGGCUUUGACCUAGUGAUUGGGGGCAGCCCAUGCAACAAUCUUGCUGGUAAAAACCGGUUCCAUCGUCAUGGUUUAGAGGGUGAGCAUUCUGUUUUGUUCUACCACUACUUCAGAAUCUUGGAUGUUGUGAAGUCAGUCAUGGCGGGGAUUUAGUAUCAUCA